UGUCGCGGAGUAGAUCGGGUGAAAAAGAGUUCCUUCCCACCACCAGCCUCCACCAGAAGCUCCUCCUUUCCAGACUUAUCCCGAUCAACUUGCGCACGUGUGCGCGGCUAUCAAAGCCAGCUGUGUGAGCGCACGUGUGUGCGCGCGAGCACAUCUGAAGGGAGAAGAGGCUCCAGUGGGUUUGUUUCUGCAAGACUUUCUUUCCACACUUCUUUCUCUCUCCCUUCUCCCCUCCCUCGACCUCCUUCUUCCCUCGGCGCUCGAUGGGGGGAAUGCGGUGGAAGCCGCAGGAGGAGGCAACGUUUCCCCAAGGCUUCAGCUUUAAGGUGCGACGGGUCCUUUGCUUCUCUCUCAGUCGCGUCAGGCAACUGCAAGGAUCCCGUCCUCCUUCGGAAACUGGCUAAAGAGAGAGCACUGGAUGGGACUCCUGCCUUGGGCGGCUUCCUCGACCAGAAAAGCGGCUUCGCACUUAACUAGGUGGUCAGCACCAGGGACAGCUCCCGGCGCCCAUUUUUCCCGCGCCUGCACCCUGAGUUCUGACUCCAGGCGCCGGCUAGCCCGACGGAGAUUAAGGGGAGUGAAGGUCGGGCACGAUUAUGGAAGCGGACAGCUGGAACCAGAGCGAGCUCAACAGCACCCAGCUGUUUUGCGGCGGACCCAACGGAACUCUUGGGGGACGAGGAGGCAGUUUAUGUUCUGGGGUCAGCCCUUCCAUGAUCACAGCCAUAGUGAUCAUGGCCCUCUAUUCCGUCGUAUGUGUGGUGGGGCUCUUUGGGAACUUCUUGGUCAUGUAUGUCAUCAUCAGGUACACUAAAAUGAAGACUGCCACCAACAUUUAUAUUUUCAACCUUGCCCUGGCCGAUGCCUUAGCCACAAGUACGCUGCCAUUUCAAAGCGUGAAUUAUCUUCUGGGAACAUGGCCAUUUGGCACCACUAUUUGUAAGAUUGUCAUAUCCAUAGAUUACUAUAACAUGUUCACAAGUAUUUUCACCCUCUGCACCAUGAGUGUGGAUCGCUACAUAGCAGUUUGCCACCCGGUCAAGGCUUUGGAUUUCCGCACCCCUCGAAAUGCCAAGAUUGUCAACGUCUGUAACUGGAUCAUUUCUUCAGCAAUUGGCAUUCCCGUGAUGGUGAUGGCAACCACCAAAGAGAGUAAUGGAUCUAUCGAUUGUACCCUUAAGUUCUCGCAUCCAGCCUGGUAUUGGGAGAACCUACUGAAAAUCUGUGUUUUCAUCUUUGCCUUCAUCAUGCCCAUCUUAAUCAUAACAGUCUGCUACGGACUGAUGAUUUUACGUCUGAAGAGCGUGCGGAUGCUCUCCGGCUCCAAGGAAAAGGACCGAAAUCUUCGGAGGAUCACCAGGAUGGUCCUUGUGGUUGUGGCUGUUUUCAUCGUCUGCUGGACGCCAAUCCAUAUUUAUGUUAUCAUUAAAGCCUUGGUCCAUAUCCCAGAAACUACUUUCCAAACCAUCUCCUGGCAUUUCUGCAUUGCACUAGGAUACACCAAUAGCUGUCUCAAUCCCAUCCUUUAUGCCUUUCUAGAUGAAAACUUCAAAAGAUGUUUCCGAGAAUUCUGUAUCCCAACAACGUCAAGCAUUGAGCAGCAAAACUCCACCCGCGUCCGUCAGCACACCCGUGAGCACGCCUCCACUGCCCAUACAAUGGACAGGACUAACCAGCAGGUAUGACUAGAAGUGGAGAUGUCAACCGUGGAGACAAGAAUUCCUCCUGGAGAUGACAUGAAUUCUGAAGUCACAGUCUUGACUGAAUUAUAGCUUCUGGAAGUUUUAUAAAAUCCUUCUGAUUUACUGUCCCUGGCUGAGGUGAUACACAAAGAUGGAAAGACUUAUCCAAACGUACGAGGGAAGUUGUGCCAGUUCUACUAUGACUAGGAGCUAGAGAACUCAAGUUGCUUCUUGCAUGGCCUGAGCCAGUCUGGGUAUCAUUGUAUUAUAUAUUCAACAUGCUUGAAAACAGAAGAGAUGCUCUCGCUUGCUACUUCAGCAAUUCGGUAUAUUUAGAAACUUCUGAUACCAAAUCAGAGCAUUGGGCUGUGUGACCUAAAACACCUGAACUACAGCUGGCUCAGAGCCAGUCCUCCAAUAGCUAAUAGUCCUACAAUUACUAGAGACUUCCUGCAAAUACAUACAGGCAGUCCUCGGCUUACUGCCACCAUUGCUAAGCAAGGCAGUUGUUAAGUGAGUCAUACCUGAUUUUACAAAAAAAAAUUGCUUUGGUCUUUAAGCAACUCAUUGCCAUUGUUAAGCAAACAGCAUGGUUGUUAAGCUAAUGGGCUUUCCCCAUUGACUUUGCUUGUCAGGAGCCAUCUGGGGAAGUCACAAAGGGGGUGAUCACAUGACCCCAGGAUGCUGCAGCUAUGAUAAAUACAUGUUGGUUGCCAAGUCCCUGAAUUUUGCUCACUUGGCCAUGGGGAUACUACGACAGUCAUAAGUGCAAGGACUGGAUGAAAGUCACUUUUUUCAGUGCCAUGGUAACUCUGAACGGUCUCUAAAAGAAUGGUUGUAAAUUGAGGACUGCCUUCUAUAGACAAGUUAACAUCAUCACAAUUCAUAUACCAAGCAUAGACUGGUUUGUUAGAUUAUUAUUAUUUUUUUGCCGCAAAGUUUUGUGACUGUUACCUACUGUACAGGAUCGCUAGAAUAUAUUUUAGCUAUCCAGUUAAUUAUCUUUAACAUAUAUAUGUAUAUGUUAAAGGAAUGUUCAUUAUGAGAAAUCCACCUUGAGGAAAUAUUACUGGAGGUUUGUUGCAUCCGAUCAGUCAAAAGAUCUGCCUUGCAAAUCAAGUGGCUCACUCUGUAAAUAAAAGUAGGGUUGCUUCAAACGUGGGAAUACUUCAGUGAAGUCAGGUCCUCUUCAGGGAUACAUGUCUAUGGAGAUUCUCAGACAUCCAGGUCAUGGUUGUCCCAAAGGUGCUCUUUCAAAAGGCAACUGGAUCUUCUUUGUUUUUCCUUGGAGACAUUUCGCUUCUCAUCCAACAAGCUUUUUCAAUUCAGAACUUGGAGGAGGAGCAAAAUGUCUUCAAGCAAAAACCAAGAUGAUCCAGUUGCCUUUUGAAAGAGCAUCUUUGGGUCUUCAGGGAUACGCUCUACUCUAGUACACUAUAUGCAUACAGUGGAGGAGUAUUUUUCUGAGAAGCCCUGAAUUCACAACAAGCACAUUCUCUUUUGUCUUCUGUUCAUGUGAAUAAUACCCAAUCCAAUUCAUUGUUUCUAUGGAGCUGAAGAAAAGCAUUUGUACCUCCAAAACUGCUUUCAUUUUGAAGAAUUACUCAAUAAUAUAUAUACACACACAAAACACGGUAACACUCAUAGAUGCACACAAAUUCAUUCACGACAAACACAGAUG